AGUUUUUAGAUCCAAUUCGGCUGCCGUAAGGCAAGGCGGCAAGAUGGCGGCCUCCGCUUUUGCGUGUACUGUGAGAGCAGCCUCAGGAAUCUUACGGCCCCUGAGUAUUUUGGCAUCUUCAGCCUAUCGAAACUGCUCCAAGAAUGCCUGUCUUAGUUCUGCACUGUCUUCCCGACAUUUCAGUCAUAUUCAGACACUGGUUGUGUCCUCUGCUCCCAGACUGAUCACAUCUGUCAGAAACCUGACAUGUGGGCAGACUGCCACAGUCCUCAAUAGAGUGGUCCCCUUGCUCCCAAACGUCCUGAAGCCACCAGUCAGAACUGUAACAUACUACAGUUCAAGAAAAGGCAAGAGAAAGACUGUGAAAGCUGCCAUCUAUAGGUUUCUUCGACUUCAUUCUGGCCUGUGGCUAAGGAGAAAGGCUGGUUAUAAGAAAAAAUUAUGGAAGAAGACGGUUGCAAGAAAAAGACGCUUGAGGGAAUUUGUCUUCUGCAAUAAAACCCAAAGUAAGCUCUUAGAUAAAAUGACAACAUCUUUCUGGAAGAGGCGAAACUGGUAUGCUGAUGACCUUUAUCAGAAGUAUCAUGACCGAACAAACUUGAAAGUAUAGAUCAGAAGUUUUAUGAUUUCCCAGUUAUUGAAUGUGUAUCUUUGUGUAUAUGAUGUCUUUGCAAAGAUGAAAUAGUAUAAGACAUGAUGUAAGUUGUACCAACUGAUAUGGAAACAUGUAGUACCAACAUUAAACUUACCAAUGUUUUAAAACUUAA